AGUGAAACAAUGUUGUUUCUGAUUUAUACCUUCCUGUUUGGACAGAUGAUCUCAGGAGAAUGUCUGGAAACAAAUAUUGGCUCAAUGCAGUGGAGAGGACAGAAUAUUGAGUUCUUCAACAGACCUACAGCAUUAUUUGUUCAAUCUGAUGAUUGCCUACCAGGAUUCUUCAAGGGAUUCUGGUAGAAUGAGAGCUGUUAUAUGUUUGUGAUCAGUCGACAGACCAGAAGUGAAGCAAGUGCAAUCUGCACAGAAGCUGCACUUGGAAAUGGUCUGGUUGCUAUACCGACUGAGUUACAUCAUGCAUACAUUGUUAGCCAAAUUGCUAUGCAACCAGAACUCAGGGUAAACUCAUCUACCUCAUACAAUGACUAUUGGACCAGUGGAGAGAAUGUGAUUGAUGGAGUUUGGACAUGGUCAACCACACUUCAACCCUUCAACUACACAAAAUUUUGGCCAGAACACAACCCCUCAACUGGUUAUGUGUCAUUGUAUGACAACCGUAAUAUUAAUCCCUCUCCUUACUAUGACUGGGAUAGCAGGCUGAGUCCAGAAACUUCACAGAGAUCUAUAUGCCAGCAUUUUGUUUUGAGUUCUUAGUGUAUAAAUUGCAUUCAAAUAAAACAGAAGCUUGUUAUAACUAA